AUGGAGACUCUUUCACGUCGUUAUCAUCAAUUAGAUGGAAAUUCAGAUGGGAGAGUAAGUCGGAAAGAAUUUGAAACGUUUUUUAAAUCAAGAGACGAUGCUGCAGAUAAAGAGCGUUCACAGGCUGAUAAUUUCUUCAAACAAUUGACUGUCACUGUUGGACCAAUUGUAGAACGCGAGCGGAUUGGAAAUGAAACAAGAAUGCGCUAUUUUUCGGCUGGGGCAAGAAAAUUUGCUGCUAUAGCUCACGUAAUAACAAUUUCAAUUACUUUGUUUUUUGUAUUGAUUUUUCCUUAA